CAUGUGAUGCUACCUUCAUAAAAGAAACACAGCAGUGUCAGACCCAUCAGUCUGUCACAGCAUUGACACAGCGUGCUUUCCCGCUGGGUUGCAAAAGGAGGAACAUCCACGGUGUAGAAUGAGAGAACUUCAUUUCAAAGAUAACUUUUGGAAUACUGACAUCACCAGCACAGGUGGCUAUGACAACAUCAUUCAGCAUUUAAAUGAUGGGAGAAGGACUUGUAAAGAGAUUGAAGACUUCAUGAAAGCAAGGGCAAACAUAGAGGAGAAGUAUGCAAAGGAGCUCCUGAGCUUAUCAAAGAAAGUGUGUGGACACAAUGAAAUGAAUACACUAAAGCGAUCCCUAGAUGUCUUUAAACUACAAACCGAAAAUGUGGGUUUGUCCCAUCAGCAACUGGCCUACACAAUACGAGAGGAAGCAAAAAGGCUGGAGGAGUUCAGAGAGAAACAGAAAGAAGCCAGAAAGAAGAUAGAACACCAAAUGGAUACGCUUCACAAGCAGAGGGCCACGCUAUACAAGAAAACCAUGGAGUCCAAGAAGACUUACGAGCAGAAGUGUCGUGACAAAGAGGAAGCGGAGCAGAACAUGAACAGAAGUGCUACCACCAGCAACACCAAGCAGCAGGAGAAGGUACUAAACCACACUCACACCAACCAGAACAUGAACAGAAGUGCUACCACCAGCAACACCAAGCAGCAGGAGAAGCUCUACGCAAAAGCCCAGCAGGCCAAAAACUCAGCAGAGGAAGCAGAUAACAUAUACAAUAGCAACGUGGGUUUGCUGGGGAAGGCUAGGGAAGAGUGGCUGAACGAAUACAUCAAAUCAUGUGAGUUCUUUGAGAACCAGGAAAUGGAGCGGAUUAGCACGGUCAGGAACACGGUGUGGACACAUCUCAAUCAGCUCUCUCAACAGUGUGUCACGAGCGAUGAGUUGUAUGAAGAUGUGAGAAAGUCGCUGGAGCAGUGUAACAUCCAAGAGGACAUUGAACACUUCAUAAACCUCAGAAGGACAGGAGAUAAACCCCCAGCUCCUGUGCCAUACGAGAACUUCUACAGUAACCAGAGAGCACCUCCACCGCGCCAACCACCUCCAAUGAACAGGAGGGCGGCGCCACCACUUCCAGACAGUAACACAGCAGGAGAUGUUGUCUACUCUACGGUUGCAGACCCAGGCUACAGUGUCAUACGAUACUGAUUACCAAUUUCUACAAAUAGUUUGUUGACUACACCUCAUCUGUGUUCAGUUUGGGUUGGGGCCAACUGAGUUCUGCUAUCGCUCUCCUUGUACAGAGGAGUACUGUGAUAUUAUCCUGGUCUCCCUGGGGGGAAAUCCUCUGCUUUUGAUUACCAGGAAGGGUAGUGAUGUUUUGUAAAUAUGGAGUACAUAGUUAAGAAUAAAAUCCAAUAGUGAAUUAUUUAUUGAUUGUAACUGUAAUAAUAAUAAAAAACUAAAGCUGUUUUUGUUUAUUUUUUUGACAGUGCGGGGGUUAUACACAAAGAUUUCACUUUCAAUUUAAAAUAACUGACAUGACAGUUGGUUGAACAGAAGUCAGCAGGAAGUUGCCACAUUAUUUACAACUGCUUCAUGUAAUUAUAGGCACUGUCAAUGAUUGAUGAAAAUGGUUGUAAAAAAAAAUCCCAUUUGUAGUACAACGUAUGAAAAUAUGCAAGCAAACAUUAUGAACCACAUAUACCAUCCUGAUACAGGCACAUCAAGUCAGAAACGUAACGGUAUGAGUCAAAACCAACUUCUCCUUUCCUACCAUAACAUCAAACAUGUGUUAUUCUUUUUUCUUUUCUGCACAGUUUUCUUUCUGUGUGUGAGAUGACCGUUGCAGAGCUUGAAGUGGAAAAAAGAGGUGCAGGAACCCUAAUCAUCCGAAAAUACCAUCCAAAAAUAAGUGCAGGAACCCUGUACCAAAUCGGUACAAGUCACGUUUUUGUAGGCCUAUUGCCUGUACGCAUUUUGAAAAACUUAUUUUGAACUUGUACAAUGCUUUGCACUAGGGCUGGGCGAUAUGGAAAAAAAAACCAAUAUCACGAUAUGGAUUACUUUAGAUCACGAUAACGAUAUAUAUCACGAUAUAGCACAAUUGCAUACGUUUUCAGUUAUUCUCUUGGUAAAAAUAAGAAUAAAAAGAUCCAUUUUAAAGAAAGGUUGUUUUGCGACAUGAAAAAAUAAAGAGCAAACAGUUACAUUAACUUAUAGUGUGUAUUGUGACAACAUGAAAUGUAAUUUAAUUAUAUUAAAUGGUAU